AUGGAUCGUAACGGCAAACAAAUAAAAGGUAGCGGUGAUUCGCAUUCCUCAACUGAUAGCAGCACAUUCACUGUGAAGACGGAACGAGUAUUUUUGCAAGAGGUCAAACGAGUCAACAUGGCUGGAGUUGGGAAUUUGGAACCAUUUGAUUUAAAUCAUCCAAAUAAAUGGGCAACGUAUAUGGCGCGUUUCGAUUUGUUCCUUCUGGCCAAUGAUGUACAAGAGGAAGGUCGUCAAAAGGCAGCAUUCCUCACAUUGGCCGGGGCGCCACUCUACGACCUCUUGGCGUCAUUGGCGUCACCAAAGCAGGUUAGUAAUCUGAAUCUUCCCGAUAUCAAAACGAUUCUAACCAACCAUUUUUCACCACGUCCAUCCGAAAUUGCGGCCUAUUAUCAUUUUCACAAACGUGAUCAAUAUCCGGACGAGUCUGUCAGUAAUUACAUCGCAGCAUUGCGCACAUUGGCAGUGGACUGCAACUUCGGUACGGCGCUCGACCGCAUGCUUCGCGACCGUUUUGUGUGUGGCAUGAAGGACGAAGGACUGCAGAAAAGCUUACUGGCGGAAAAGGAUCUAACAGUGCAAAGGGUUAUCGAACGUGCACUUUCGAAUGAGGCAGCAGCCAUCAGUGCUAUGGCUAUGAAGCACCCCAGCGAACCAGUUAAUGUUGUCAACGACAAUCGUUUUCGUACACGAACAAAAAACGCCGUCAACAGAAACCAGCAGCUGUCAUGCAAUGGUUGUGGUGGAUCACACCCUCGUAAGCAGUGUCCAUAA